AUGGAGGAAGAACUCACGGGCGCCACGGAUUCGAAAGGGAGUGGAGAUGAUGAUGAUCUGCUCGCACCAUCCAACGUGCAGGAGGACCGAUUCGAAGAGUACGACGGAGAUUACCAGGCAGAGGAUGAAGAUGACGAAGAUGACGAUUUUGUAGCGACCAGCACCGCCUCGUCUUCAUCAUCGACGAGCCGCAAGCGUCGGCAGCCUGCAGCCAAGAAGUCCUCCACCACGAAGGCCAAGAGGGGGGGUGGUGGCGCGCGUGGUGCAUCGAAGGCCAAGAAGGGCGGCGGUGCCACCACCGCUACGAGGAGAGCCUCCAAACGGCGACGAAAGAGCGACGACCUGGACCAGGAAGAUGGUGAUGAUGCAGAUGAAGAUGGAGACUACGUCGAGGGCAGCAGUCGGCGAGGAGCACCACGAAGUAGCAGCGAUGCCAGGGACGACGAGGACCCCACCAUGGACACCACGACCAUAACCCCCACUACGACCACAACGACCACAACGACCACGGCCGCUACAUCUACUUCGGCCAGUUGCAUCGUCAACCUGGGCGGUGUGGGCAGCUGCAGCGGCGGCCGGACGUGCGGCGGUCGCGGGCCGUCGCUGGCGCGGCUGCCGAUGCUGUGCCGCGCAGUGCUGCGGUGCCUGCCGCCGCCCCAGCCCGAGCUCGAAGGCAACGAGGCCCUCCCGUACGACUCCGACGCCAUCCAGGCCCUCGUUCUCGACCUCGCCGUCGACCCUGCCCUCCACGCCGUCGACACUGUCGGUAACGCCGUCGCCAACACUGUCGACGGUGACCGCCACCACCACAACAGCGACAACAACAGCGCGGCCGAUGCCGAGCGUCGGGUGGUGGCCGAGGCCGUGCGGCGGGUGGCGGCGUCGACCAGCGCCGGCGGGCGGCGGUACCGGCUGCCGCAGCGCGACGGGUACGACCGGCGGGCGGUGCUGGCCCUGUACGAGGCCUUCCUGGCCAGCCCCAAGCAGCAGAAGAAGCGCAGCUAUCGAAUGGAGGGCGCGCCCGACCUGCGCUCGCUGUGGACCGAGGAGCGCAUCGCGCGGUUCCAGAUCGCGUUCCGCAAGUACGGCUACAGCCCGACGUCGAACCGCAAGAUCGCGGAGGCGAUCGGCGAGGGCAUCCACGCCAACCACGUGGCGGACUUCAAGCGGCGGUACAAGAAGGUGCUGAUCAAGGAGGGCCGGCUGGACGAGCUCAAGUCGAUCAGCGGCAUCCGCAUGAAGAAGAUCGAGCAGAAGAUGAAUCAGCUCCGCAACCAGCAGGAGCAGCGGCAGCAGAAGAAGAACAACAAAACCAACAAAACGAAGAAGAAGCCCGGUACCCGGGUGUCCAAGCGCGCUCUCGCGGCGGCAGCGGCGGUGGCCGCCGAGGCCGAGGCGGCCAGUGCCGGCCUCGUCGACGCUGCCGUUGAUAGCGGCGCCGUGGUCGGGAUGGUCGCUGAUGUAAGCAGCAGCGACGCCUCGGCUCCCGCGUGA